AUGGUUCGUUAUAUUCAUCUGAUCAAGAGUCUGCAUGCAGAGAAGAAUGCAUUUUUCUACAAAGUUGCAGAAGCUUUUGUGCUUUUGCUCUUCCUUGUUUGGUUGCUCGCCAACAAGAUCGAGUCACCUGCGAUUCAUACACCUGCAUGCCUCCUUUCCUAUAUCAACAACCACCAACGAGCUGCUGCACAGAACGUGGUGGUUGACAAACUCGAUGGCAUCAAUGAGAAUCUGUGUGAAAUUCGCAGCAAUUGUAACUGGGUUAGACCACAUAACAACCAUCAAAAGUCUAGCCCUCCCAAACCAACCAAAUCGUAUGAUGGAGACGUUUUAACUCUCUGGAACAAGUUUGCUCACCUCUUUGAUGCAAAGAGAAAACUCAAUGACAUUAGCCUGUCUGAAAUGUACUGCAAGGUUAAGGGUGAGAUCGAUAACCUAGAGAGGGGUACCAUCGGAACCUCUAUGUUGGAGAACUUUUACAAAUGUAGAACGAAUCCCAAACCCAAAACCUUAAAAGUGAUAGCGUCAUGGAUAGAAAACGAGAGGAGAGAUCGGUUUACUUCUUACGCGUCACGACAAACAGCGAGAUACAGCAUGGAGCUUCAGAAAGUUUUGAACAAAAUAAUCGAGGCAAACCCAAGCCUUUCCGAAACACAAAGAUCCUGUAUCACAUGGCUAUUACAGUCCUUCAAUCCGGUGCCCUUGGAAUUUUAUCGAUUUUUAAAUCGGAAAACGAAACAUACUGCAGUCAGUGGGUAUCUUUCAGCACUUUCACAUGUCUUGGAGAUGUCGGACGACAUGCCUGAAGAAAAGAGGGUCUUGUUUGGAGAGAUCCAACAAAAAUGGAAGGACGGCAUGUUCAACAGCGACUGGACAGUAUAUGCGGCAGAACGGUCAGCACUAUCAUCUGUCAAAACAAGCAUCUCCGUCCAGAAAGACUUCAAUAGUGAAGUUUCGUCUCACUGCACUAAGAAGCGGAAAUAUGACCCAUCGACGCCAAAUAAACCAGUGAUCAGGGUCGACAUGGAAGGAUUAUACCCUCAGAUAUCAUUCGAAAAGAAAAUUAGGUUCGCUGCAAGUGAAUCCAACAACGAUGAAGCAACCGCCAGUAGCGAAACAGGUUCUCUGUUAAAUCCAUUCGAAGUCCCUCAAGGAACGGAAACGGACAGCGGACAGAACCAGAUUGCUACUUGGCGCAAGUGGUUAGAGUACAUCCUUGAGGUUCCCAUAGAGGAUGUAAGGAUAAAAAUUCUGACACUCCCAUAUAGCAAUAAGAAUAAGUUUGAAGCGACUAUGAUUCAAUACAUUGGCAAAGUGCUAAUGGAUUUCGUUAACAAAGUCAUUGAUGUCCCUGGCAAUGUCCUAUUCAUUGAUGAUAUUGAGCGAGACUGGAUCAUCAGUAAGCUGUCACCACUCUUUGUUUAUCUAGAAGCCACAUUCAUAAAUCGAGUCCGAUUCCACUGGCAAGUGGUUGAGCACGAUAUAGAGCCUACUCACGAGCGUCUCGUCCGUGAUGGUAACACCACCAACAAAGACCGGCUGAAAGCUGACAUGGUUGGCGUUCGGCUUUGUGACAACCGGCAAAUAGUGUUUUUAGAAAUGAGUGGAGCACCCACGGACUUUUUACAACCGCAUACCAUUACGGACGUUCAUAAGACGAUUCAAGAACGAAUUGAUGCGGUCAAUUCGUUGCUAUUGGAUUUCUUAGAUUAUGAUGUGCGAUAUGCGGGGAAGAUUCGUUCGCUAACUGUUCAGGGAAUCAGAGAUCGGCUUACAUUACGAUCAAUUUUUUUAAGAGGGAAGGAGGAUUACGUUGAUGAGGAGAUUUUAUCAGCAAUAUUCCCACUUAGUUGGGAGCUCCGCUUCCAAUUUUUGGAAAUAUUUGAACUAACUGAAUAUAUAAUGCUAUCAAUUAUAGAAUACCCAAAUGUGAUAAAAGAGCUGAGAAAGCAUCGUGCAGACUCUCUGGAAUUUUCUAUUAGGCAUUGUCUUUCAAAUUAG